GAAAGCCCGGAGGACAGUUUUCUAUACAAACACUUAUUUAAUAUCAUAAAAUUAACAUUUAAAUAAAACCUCGGCUGUGUGUUUCAAUACCUUUGCCUAAAAUAAAACUUUAAUUAAAAAAAAAACCUGUCAAAAGUUACCGCCAAAAAUUUUUAUUGCAAAAAUACAAUUUAAUUUUUUUUUUAAUAUAAAAGUUGUAAAAUUAAAUUUAUAUUUAUUGAAAUGUCGUUUAUAAAACAGUUUAUGUGUUUAUUAAUUAGUUAGAACGUAACAACGAGAGUUUUUGUUACAAAAAGUGUUGAAAUUGAUGUUGCGAAAUGACAGUUGGGAUUUAUAUUGCAAAGAUGGAAGUGAAAUAUGGCGUCUCGUUUUUAAUGGUUUUUGCUUUCUUCACAAGGCAUGCGUUAUCUCAGGAGUACUUUAGAAUGGGAGUGAACACUAACUCAGCAGAGGCAUCGCAGUUCCUCCGCGAGUAUGACAGAGAGGCUUCUGGGAUGUGCUACAGAGUGACAAUGUCCCAAUGGAAAUUCGUGACCAACAUCACGGAGUACAAUCGGCGACGGAUGCUGGAGGAACUGGCUCUCAGCUCCAAGUUUGAGAAGCUUUCCUGGAGGAAGGCAGCUGCCUUCGACUCCUCGAGGCUGUCAGACCCUGAGGGCAGACGGCAGCUGAUGAAGAUCGUGCUGUCCAGCAGAGCUGCGUUGCCUGAUGAUAAGUUUUCUGAGCUCCAACAACUAAUAUCAGAAAUGAAAGAGGUCUACAACUCAGCGAAGAUCUGUCCCUAUGGCCAGAAACCUUACGACCCUCAUAUACCACGGAUCCCGUACAGCCAUGAGUAUCAGGACCAGGGCUUCCAAUUGGCCAACGAACCAUACCAGCACUACCAAUCCUAUACCGAAAGUUCAGAAACGAAUUACUGUGAUAUGCAGUUAGAUCCAGAAAUAUCCAGGAUUUUGGCCCAUUCGAGGAUUGAGAGUGAACUGCUGUAUGUGUGGAAGAGUUUCAGGGAUCAGACUGGACCGAAAUUGAGGAACAGGUUCAUGAGAUAUGUCCAGUUGGCUAAUCAGGCUGCUGUUGCUACUGGAUACAGGGAUGCCGGAGAUCAGAUGCGAGCAGCCUAUGAGGACCCUUCCUUCAGAGCCAGUGUGGAGGAGAUGUACAAUCAGAUCCAACCACUGUACAAGCAGCUGUUCACGUACGUGAGGAGGAGGCUGGUGCAGAGGUACGGAGAGACCAGUGUCAGGUCUGAUGGACCUAUACCAGCUCAUUUGUUGGGUAACAUGUGGGCACAGAAUUGGAAGUCGAUCAUGGACCUGGUGAUGCCGUUCCCUCAGUCUCCUAACGUGGACGUCACAGCAGAGAUGUUGAGGCAGGGAUUCACACCGCUCAGAAUGUUCCAAAUGGCCGAAGAGUUCUACACGUCCAUGGGUCUGAAGCCGGUGCCUCCGGAGUUCUGGCGCGGGUCCAUGCUGGUCCGUCCUGCACAACGCAGUGUGCAGUGCACCGCUAGUGCAUGGGACCUUUGCAACAGGAUAGACUAUAGAAUCAAGCAGUGCACCGAGGUGACGAUGCAGGACCUGGUCUCCACACACCAUGAGAUGGCCCACAUCCAGUACUACCUGCAGUACUCCGACCAGCCGCAACUCUUCAGGGAUGGAGCCAAUCCUGCAUUCCACGAAGCUGUAGCUAAUGCCGCGACUUUGUCUGUGUACAAUCUACCUCAUCUGCAGAGAGUGGGGCUCUACCAGAAUAAGAGCCACGAUUCCUACGAGGUGGGCAUGAACUUCCUGAUGACGAUGGCGCUGGAGAAGGUGGCUUACCUACCCUUCGCGUUCAUGGUGGAUCAGUGGCGCUGGUCCAUAUUUGAAGAUGGAGUUCAAAACAUGAAUACACGGUGGUGGCAGAUGAAGCUUAGAUAUCAGGGUGUUAUUCCACCGAUUCCAAGACACGAGAGUGACUUUGAUCCUGGCUCCAAGUACCAUGUUAUUUCCGAUCAGGAGUACAUCAAGUACUUCCUGGCGACGAUCCUGGAGUUCCAGGUGUUCGAGCAGCUGUGUGCGGUGUCAGGACAUACAGGGCAUCUGUACGAGUGUGAUAUCUAUAGGAGCAGGGAUGCUGGGCGGGUGCUCAGUGAAAUCAUGCAAGUUGGUGCCUCAAAGCCGGCUGCAGAAGUCAUCAAAUCAAUGACCAGGGGAAAGACCAACAAAAUAUCGCCUGAAGCACUCGUCAAGUACUUUCGUCCACUAGAGUUAUGGCUGCGAGUCCAGAAUCGCGACGAGCCCCUUAUAGGCUGGAGUUCCAAUUACCACGAUGUCGCCCUAUUCGCCCCCCAAAGGGGAGCAGCGUCUACCUUUAAAAUGUCCUAUUUAAUCAUCCUAUUGAGCCUAAUUUUACCGUUUUUGUAAAUUGUUAUAACAUAAGAAUAAAGUGUCUUUUUGUGCUUAUACCAGCAAAUUAAAGUAGCUGCAAUUAUUUAAAUAAAUCAAAAAUUGUAUUUGUAAAAUGUGUUUCUAUGUGCAUAUAACUCGAGAACGGCUGAACCGAUUUUGAUAAUUCUUAUUUUCACAAAAAAAAAACUGAUUUUAAGAAAGAAAAAGCUAGAAAAAUUACUAGGAUGGGACGGGACGAUACUUUGAAAAAAGUU